AUGACAAGCAUGUUUUCGUCAAAUCGUCAGACUACAAGACUGACUUGUGGGUUCAAAGUGAACACUAGCUCUCCCGAAUGGCACAAGAGCAUGACGAAAAUUCUUAAGAAAAUCAAAGGAGGAAACUUUUGGAUAGACGUGGACGAAGGAAUGGCUUACGUAACGGGUCAAGGCGACCCAAACAAGCUAUUGAAAUUGAUGGCUUCAAGGAAAGGUAAAGACGCUGAAAUGGCGUUUGUGAAAACCGGAACACAUCAUCAUCAUGAUCAUUCCCAUUUUGGCAACAGUUAUCAAAACUCUUACUUUGGCCAAUCAACGCCUUAUUGGCCUGGAGAUAUGAAUAUGAGCAGCUACCACCCGUCAUCGUCUCACAGUUACUACCCUUCGGCACCGCCGACUAUGCAACCUUACCAACAACAAUAUCCUUAUUCGGGUGGAUAUGGUUACGGCUAUUAUUAGGGCUUUAUGUAGUUCUAUUUUAUAUAACUAUGUAUGUCGAGAUCAAGCAAAACCCUUCUUUUUAAUCAAGGGUUUUCUGCUUGUAUCCGUUUUUCUUUUCUUUUUUUUUUUGCUUUAUUGGAUGAAAGUUCUCUCUGCGAUUUAUUAGUAUUAGCAGAAGAGGAUCGAGGAGAAUUAAUUUCUCUGUUUUUGUUUUUUGGUGAUUUUUUAUGUAUCCGAUGAUUAUCACUUGGAAGUUUAAAUGGAUGUUUGAAGUUUGCAUUUACAAGUUUGCAUAGUUUUCCUUAAAGGUAUAAUAUGGAUAUCAAUUAUAUAUACUAUAAAGUCUAUAAUUAAGACCAUAAAAUGUCAAAAACAAAUCCAUCUUGAUUCUCUUAACGGGAAAGCUUCAAUGGGGUUUUUAUUCACUUGAGCUUUAACUGCUGACCAUUAAAAUAUGAAUAUGAAUGAGUAGGAAAUGAAUGAAUAGGAACAAAAUAAAAAGAAUGAAAAUGGAUAUUUAUUCCUUUUGUUUCAUAUCAAUUAUAAAAAGGAAUGUUUUUCUUUUAUCUAUACUAUAAAAUUUAAGGAAUGACAAGAAAUCAACCGCAGCGAAAAUUUUUCAUAAAUGAUGUAA